UCUUUUGACUAAUAAAAACCACACAAAUUUAUUUUUGACAUUUUUAUUUCUAUGUAAACAUUGCAUUUGACAUGUUUGUAAAAUACAGUGUAAAUCUUUUACAAUUUCUAUGACUUAUUUGUUCAUUUUAACAAGACUAAUAAAAUUCAACACCAAGAUAACUAUAAAAAAUUAAAUACAGGAUUUACAGACAAAAUGUAUAGUUACAUUUCCUAAUAAAUUGAUAUUAAAAUCGAAUACUUAUCUGAGGUCAGAUGAUAUCUUCACUUUAACAUUACCUUAUCUUUAAAACUGACCUCAGAUCUGCUUUGUUUCACUUUUUCUUGUCUGCUAUCAAAGCCCGCCUACGACGAGGUUAGCAACGUUCAGGCUUCUACCUCCGGUGUCGUUAAGCCGCCAUUUUUCUACCACAAUAAUCCUUUUUAAAGGCGUUUUUAAAACGGAGUAAAACUUAAAAGAGUCCAGUUCAUGUCAGAAAAUAUACAAGCGCAACAGCCAACAAGGAAAAGGUAAUGUUUGGUGCAUAUCAACUUAUAAACUAUCUACUAGCGAAUAAGCUAGCAGCUAAUGCUAAAAGCUAGUGCGCUACAUGCUCAAAACAGAUGCAUUUCCUGCUGAGACUUUCAAAACAAAACACCAGCCAUUACUAGUUAUUUAGAAACAAAGUUUGAACUCGUUGCAUUCUUUAUAUUUUGCUCGAACACGUUAUAUGUAUUUUUUUUCAAUCUAUUAACAUAGUUUUUAUAACACUAUCAGCCGAUAUGCCACCAACUACAAAACAAGACCUUGUGUAUUAGUUGCCCUACAAUCUCAAUAUUUUCACUGUAGAUUACUCUUCAAUCUAAAAAAAAAUACACAAUUGUUUAUAAAAUUGGCAUACACGUCGAUUUUAUGAUAAAAAUGUACCAAAAGAUAAGAAAACUGUAUAUAUUUUUAAAGAAUCUAGCCGUAUAUCAUCGUUAUCCUUUAUUUUGAAAGUCAAAUCGAUAACAUCCUGCUCGGUAGAUCACGCCUCUAGCUAACUUUCCGCAGUAAACAAGCUCAUAGGAACCCAUCGGGCUGCAGUGGCGCGUAAUGUCUAUAUUUUGCGCAAUUUAAAAUUAAGUCUACAAGUCACUGGCGUUUUGCGUAUCGCAGAAAAACAAAACGGGGAAAUUAUCACCUCAGAUUGAGGUGUUUCCCCCGUUUUUAUACCCGCUAGCGUGCUAACAUUAGCAGAAGAAAUAGUCCGACUGGCCUCUAACAAACCUGGAUACGAUGUCACUUGUGGAUCUGGGGAAGAGGCUGCUGGAGGCGGCGCGAAAAGGUCAGGAUGACGAGGUCCGAAACCUGAUGGCAAACGGAGCGCCCUUCACCACAGACUGGGCAGACGUCCUGCUCAGAGCCGGCGUCAGCAGGGACGCCCGCACUAAAGUUGACAGGACCCCGCUGCACAUGGCGGCUGCCGAGGGACACACAGUCAUAGUGGAGCUGCUGGUCAGGGAGAGCAUGCAGAACCAGGUGAACAUCAACCAGGUGAACAUGAACCAGGUCAGCAUGAAUGUGGAGACCAGCAGCACCAACAGCCAGCCACAGUUCAUCAUCCAGGGAAUACCCGCCAUCCAAGGGGGCGUGGUCAACCUGGCUGAGCUCCUCAACAAGGCCAACGCAGGAGAUUCAGAAGAGGCGAUGGCUGCGAGCGCGUUGGACUCCAACAUCCAGCACGCCGCCGUGGUCAACGAGAGCGGCCAGCGGGUCAUCACCAUAGUGACCGACCAGCACGGGAACCUGCAGACCACCGGAGGGAUGGCGCAGCCGUUUUUUGUCACGAUGCAGCACGGGCAGCAGAUGCUGGCGGUGCCCGCCAACACGGUGACGGAGGAGGUGAUGACUGAGGAGCCGCAGCCUCCGCCCUCUAGGAAGAGGAAGCUGGAAGUGACCAACAACCACAGUGACACCGGGGAGACGGAGUUGUUGCAAAGACAGCUGCAAGAAGCCAACCGGAAGGCCCAGGAGUACCGGCAGCAGCUCCUGCGAAAGGAGCAGGAGGCCGAGGAAUACCGCAUCAAGCUGGAGGCCAUGGCUCAGAGUCAGGCCAACAGCACCACCGCCAGCACAGGCGCCACCGCCAACGCGGCCAGCCCGGAGGAGGUGGUCGGAGGGGAGGACGAGGAGGAGGGCGCCGCGGGAGUGGUGGAGGAAGAAGGGGAGAUGGUGGUGCUGCAGGAGGGCGGCAUCAUCAUGGAGGGGGAGGAGGGUCAGGUGACUCUGGUGCAGACGGGGGGAGAGGCCGCACAGGUCAGCUCCUAACAGGAGGGCGAGGACGGGGGGAGACGCACACCGCUGAAAUGAUGCAUCUUAAUGGGAGGACGGUUCGGGAGGGAAGAACUGACUGGUGACACAAGGGGAGGGGGGCGUUCUGAAUCCCUUUAUCUGAUACUAACUCGUGGGAGAGGACGGAGCGGCUCCCUGACAGGAACAUUCAGAGGAGAUGGAAGAAAGGAAGUUCUUCGUGCGGCCGCCGGUUCGAUUCAGACGGCGGCAGAAACGAGGAAGUGUGACGCACUCAGGAAGAGUCCGAGGUUUGCUCCGGGAGCCGACUCCAAACCAAACGGCAGUGUUUUCAGCGCACGUGGGCAGCUGUGCUCCAUGUGGGCAGCCAUCUUUGUUUUUGCUGAAAAGAUUUUUUUUUAUGCUCUGCUGAUUGAUUAAGAACGAAGACACUCUGGUGGUUCUUGUGGAGUUGAGGACUUAAAAAAAAAUUAGGAAGUUAAGAGUUUCAAUUUUUUUUUUAUUUCAUAUCCCCGUCCUUUUCAUUUACACUUUUUUUCUUUUCUUUUGUUUACAUCCUAUUUACUCUUUCUUUAGUUCAGGAAUUGUUACGUCUGAAGUGAUUGCUUCCUAUAUGUGGACAGAUUUUUGGACCAUGUUUGCACCCUUUUGCUUCCUGUGAGGUUAAAAACAGGACGUCGACCACAGAAAGAAACUCUAGAAGAAAACGUUCAUUAUUCAGGGUUUUUUGAACACUAUAGUUUUAACUUUCUAUUAUAUUUCCUUCUCUGUUUUAUGUUGUGACCCCUGCAUUUAUACAGGAGAGGACAAAAAUCCACAUCAGAAGAAAAAUAAGACAAAAUACAUUAUUUUAUUUUAUUUUUAUGGUUACUUUUCCCGAUAAUCAAAUUGCAGUCUUAAGUUUUUUUGUGUCCAAUAACCAUUUUUAGUUGAAUCAAUUAAAAAAAAUUCAAUAAUGUUAAUUUAUUAGAUUUAUUGCUUAUUUCAACUUAUCUACCAAAUUAUUUUGCAGUAUCCUAAUAUUUUUAGUUUUUAUAAAUCUUAACUUUUUCAUAAUAUUAUAGAAAACAUAAUAAAAAGAACUGCCUUAACCCUUAAAAUAUCUAAUUUUUCUGUUUAUUUUUUUCAGCAUUAAAACUUUUUUUCUGUUUAGACUUUAUGAGGUUUGUGUUACACAUUUUCUACCACAAGGUUGUUUAUUUCUAUACAUUCUAAUGGGAGGUAAUUCAUCUGAAAUGUAGACAACUUCAUAUGUAAGAAUUUUUAUUUUAUUCUAAAGUUAAAAAGUAGACCAUUAUCAUAAUAGUUUCAAAAAAAGUUAUUUUUUUGUUAAUAUUUUCAACAUCUAAUUAAUUAGUUGUAGUAAAAUACUCCUAAUUAGCCAUUCACAACCAGUUUUUGUGGUUUCUAAAACACUUUUGAGUGAAAUUAAUUACUUAUUUUUGAGUUAAUAAGUGAAUUAUUAAAAAAAAAAUGAAUUUUAGGAAAAAUAAAUAGUUUUUUUCAGGAUGUAAUUGAGUGAGAAACAUUUUAAGAGUUUCUUUCUUUGGGUUUGGAAUGUGAUUCUGCAACAUGAGCUCUUGACUUCUCUCACUUCCUAUAAUGGUUUGUUUUAUGUGUCAGUUUGAUUGACCACCUGUUGAGCUUUACUCAUCUUUUACACUUAAAAAACCCUCCGAAUGCCAAAUUACCCGGGCUUUGUCACCUGCUGUUCUAUAUAUUUUUCUGUCUCAAAGAACCACAGUUGUUUAAAAAUGUCCCUAGUGGAGUUUUCUGAAGCCAAAUCCCACAAUUAUCUAAAAAGAAAGCUCUCACUUGUUCCAGUUUAACCUUUUUUUCCUUUUGUCAUGUAUGUUCUGGAGCGUGUAACCCAUAACAAUCACAGUUGGUUUUUUAACCUCCCUCUUGGCUGCCUGCCUUACCCUCCUCUACUUUAUUUAGCGAAUGUGUGUCGUUGUUGUUUUUAUAAGCUUAGCAAGGCCAACCCUUUUGUAUGUACAUAUAAAGUUGUAUUUUUUUAACUGUAUCUUAAUUGCUUCUUUAGGAUGCAUCGGUUAUCUGAAAUAUAAACUUGUUCUUUGGCUAAAAAAAAAA